UCACAUGUUAAUGCGAUAGUCUGAACUUUACCUUCUCAGAUCUGGAAGGCACUGUGAGUGCAGCAGAUGGACAAUCUCAUUGAUCUGCAGAUUCCAGAGGAGCCUUCACUUUGUUUCAGUUCCCUCAAUACCUCGUGUUUGAAGAUUGAUUAUCGUCUGGAAGUUCGACUUUUGCUCUACAUCCUCUUUAGCACGUCUUCUCUUAUCACUGUGAUCGGAAACCUGCUUGUGAUUAUAACUGUGGUACAUUUCAGGCAGCUGCGCACAUCAACUAAUUACCUCAUUCUCUCUCUGGCUGUUGCUGACCUGCUUGUAGGAGGAAUAGUGAUGCCUCCUAGCAUGAUACGCUCGGUGGAAACUUGCUGGUAUUUAGGAAGCACCUUUUGUAAAAUACACAGCAGUUUGGACGUCACCGUGUGCACUGCGUCCAUUUUAAACCUGUGUAUUAUUUCUUUAGAUAGAUAUUAUGCUGUAUGUCAUCCGCUUCUCUACUACAGUAAAAUGACUCCUACUACCAUUAGAUUCAUGAUUGUUGUGUGUUGGAGCAUUUCUUUCUCUGUUGGGUUUGGAAUGAUAUUUCUGGAGCUCAAUAUUCUUGGAAAUGAAGAGUUUUAUUACAGUAACUUUGUGUGUGAAGGUGCAUGUAUGGUGUUUCAAGCCAAAGUGGGAGCCGUGGUGUUUUCUAUGCUCUGCUUUUACAUCCCUGCAGUAAUCAUGCUUUGUGUGUACGUGAAAAUCUUCCACACAGCACAAAGACAAGCUCGUGCAAUUCGAUCCACAAAUGCACAGAUGAAGACGGUCGAGGAAAAAGCCGGCAUGAGUAAGUCGGAAAGGAAGGCCACGAAAACGUUAGCUAUAAUUGUGGGAGUUUUUCUGACAUCCUGGGUGCCGUUUUUUAUCUGUAACUGCAUAGAUCCAUUUAUAGGAUAUUUGGUUCCUCCGAUUCUGUUUGAUUUAUUUCUUUGGGUUGGAUAUUUUAAUUCUACAUGUAAUCCGAUAGUGUAUGCAUUUUUCUACAGCUGGUUCAGACAAGCUUUUAGAGUCAUUCUAUCUGGGGGAAUAUUUCGAGCCAAUUCCUCACACACCAGACUUUUUUAAUGGCUCUUUUCUAACUGUUUAUGGCCUGGUUUAAUUCUAUUAAACAUUUAUUUCAGCUGUUCUGUUCCCACCCUCUAUUUUUACAAUCACUUGUGUGCGCACAUGUCUUUGGAGCUUCGUUUCUAUUAAUGUUAUUUACAGUGAUCA